AUGCAGCCAGGGCUGGUCAAAACCCCGUUGAACCAUCUAGUUGAGCCAGACAGCCCCCACCCUGCACAGCCUGCCAUCUCCGCCCGCCAUGGCCCUGGUUCUUGUUGCGACCGCGACCGCGAGCGCCUCCCAGCCUCAGCCGCCAGCCCCGAUGCUGGCCCGUUUUCCGUCCAGCCUUCCGGUUACGACGGCGCCGACGGACGCCCUGACGACGGCAGCGCCCCGGAUGUCACCCUGUUCGGCCAUCAGCGGCAGCAAUAUGCACCCCAAGACCCUGGCCGGUUGAUUGCCGCCGAGGGGAACAAGCUGCCUAUGGCCGUUACUGUUACCGUUACCGUUGCCGGCCAGCGCAUCACCGAGUACGAGAAUGCGUCUAUUGCACCGGCCCCUUGUCGCACAUCGCGCCCGUCGCUGGCCUUCAGGGUCACUCACGGCCCGCCGUCGACCGGCGUGAAGUUGACCGACUUUCCGAACGAGAUCUUGACCCAAAUCCUGUCUCAUCUGCAUCCUGACUCUCAUGCCGCCGUCGCUCUGGUUUCGAAGCGCUUCUACGCCCUCGUAACAACUCCGUAUGCUUGGCGUGCUGCCUUCCUGCGCUACUUCCCAGGUCAGGAUGCCUUGGCAGACCACGUAAAGUACCGUGUAGGAUCAAAGCCUACCGAUUCGUCCGAUUAUAUCCGCUCUGAGGUUCGCUACUUCACUCGUCUGACGCCUUUGUCCUCAUGGCGAAGCGAAUAUCUCCUUCGCACCCGCCUGCUUCGGAGCGUUGUGCGAGGGAAACCAGGCGUUGCUGGCGCAGCCGUUCGUUCGUCUUGUCAGUCUGGCAAGAAAGCAACCGCCGUCCUGACGUACAACCCGAAGCUUCCAUGGCUGGUCACCAGCCUGCAUGCCGACUUUACUGGGGGGAGAAAAGGCCCGAGGGCUAUACAUGGCAGUGCCGAUCUCGGCAUGGCCACUUUUAGUGAUCCCACUACCGGCAGGAUUGAGAAGUUGGGUCUUGAUGACCCAUUUUCGUUCCAACAGCUUGACGAGGUCUUUCCAGAUCUCGAGUAUUGGGGCCUUGGUGACGGACCCGCCGCUGUCCCGAAUGUCAUUGACGUGAGCCAGCACUAUGGUUUGGCCGGAGGUGAGGGUUUUCCUGGCGGCCACGUCUACUAUAAAGCGCCAGGUCAGCUGCGCGGUCGUUAUCUGGGCCGUGAACGAAGUGCCCUUGAUCCGCUGCCCCCGGAUAUUCCCAAGAUUCCAGAGUUGUCCGAAGCCAUAAGUUGUGUUUGGAUCGCCAAGUCUUCUAAUGUGCCUACUAUCACGCAGUCCAUGGUAGGCAUCAUGGUUGGCUCUACGCUGGGUGUAGUAACCAGUUACGCGCUCGGCCGGGAGUCUACCGGCCCUCGGUACGCUGAUGGGGACAUCACCGCUCGCUGGGUGCUGAGCCCCGGCGUCCCCAUCGUUGACAUCAAAGUUGAUGACCAUUACUGCUACCGGCGAAAGGCUCUAGGACGUGUUUGGGCCGUGGCUUUAAAUGCUCUUGGAGAGGUAUUCUACCUGACCGAAGUGCCAGAACCUGUGCCAGCCCGAGAGAAGGUGGAAAAUAAAAUUAACGCCGCCUGGCGCGCAGGGCGGACUGCUUAUUGGGAGCUGAUCGAAUCAACACGCCGCAGGCCACGACUUGACGAGUUCAACAAGACUUCCGUCAGCGACACCAGCUUUCCCAGGUCCCCCGCGAAUUCGAUGGGGCUGAGUAAAGAGCAGAUAGCUGCGGAUGCUCGCCAAAUUGAGCAGCUUAUGCGGCAACCCCCAACUUACUUCCGAAGAGCCUUCGAGGGUUGGGAUAUGUUGCGUCGCCUUGAGGUUGACUUCGCUGCUGGGAGCGAAGGGGGUGACGGGGAAGCCAUCUUUGUCAUUACAUGCGGCGAUCAACAUGGAGGGCGCCCCUCUAUCCGCCGCCACCGUGGCUCACUCUUAGGGGGCAAUGUGACUGAAACCGGGCAGAAAGCGACUCCUGAGGAUUUCAGAGUAGCUCUCUCGACUCUCGGACUCGGCAGGUCCAAUUCCGGGUCCUCUCCAGCACGGGCGGCUAAUAGUCAUGAGUGGCAGGUCGCUGAGCUUGCGUUCACGCAGCGCCAUGGCCUCGAGAUCACUGCCAGCGCUGUCGACCAAUCCAUGUACGCCGUUGUUGCAGCUUUCGAGGACCCGCUGCUUUCUAGCUCUCAGACAGUUACUCCCAAUCCGGCCGCUACCCCCAUUGCAAAGCAGCCCCUGGGCGAAAUCCCUGGUCGGCGUGCUCGACUGCUGGCUGUCGGCACCAAUGCCGGUUCUAUUUUUGUCUGGAACACGCGCGAUGGCGCAGAAUCCGUCAUCCAUCCGUUGCGGAUUAUUCAGACCGAAUCUCCUGAGGUUACCAGCCUUGCAUUGUCUUCGCUUUAUCUCGUACAUGGUGGAAGUGACAGUCUGGUCCAAGUCUGGGACCCGCUGGCCUCAUCUCCUGAUCCUAUCCGCACAAUUAAUGCCAAAUCUAACGGCCGGAUUCCGCGCCACUUGCUCAACGCCAACCCUGCAUUAGCUCAGGCAAAUUAUUUUAGUGUCCGAGCCAUCUUUCUCGAUCCAGACCCAACUGCUCUGCGUGGCAUCCUCGCCUGUGGCACUUAUGUUCGUUUCUGGAAUUACAGUUCUUCUUCAACAACUCAGCAUUCGGGUCGAAAGCGCCGGCACCGUCAUCAUCACGACAUCGUCCAUGGUGCAGGUGGUGCACGUCGGAACUCCAAUACCGUCGAAAGUCACAUCGCUGCUGAGCAGGCUGAAUUGCGACGCGAAAGGGAGCGUCGAGAGAAAGAACUCGAGCGUCUUCGCAGAAAGUACGUUGGCGAUGGGUGGAUGGGUGAACUGACCGAGGAAGAGGCGUUGCAAUAUGCCAGAAUCAUUUCGGAGGAGGCAUAUCUGUUGGAAGAACAACGACGUCUGAGUGUGGCCAGCACCAGCGACAAAGCAUCAACAGCAGAAGCUGUCUCUGGGAGGGACACUGCGUCGUCUGUCGGCAGCGUAGAAACCAUCACACCAGAACCAAGUCUUUCUGGAGCUGCUGCUGCUCCUACUGUGUUGGAACCGAGCGCCACAUCGUCCUCAUCCAACCUCGAAGGAAGACAACUACGUAAUGAACAUGAUGACCAGUACGAUUCAGACUACGAAGCUCAGCUCCAACACGCCAUCCGCCUCUCGUUGAUGGAAGCUGGAUGUGACGCUGACACUGUCGUGAGCGUCGAUGAGAAUGUGUCUCAGAGUAGCCUUGCCACCCACUAUGGCCACGAGUUCAAAGUUAAGAAGACUAAGACAAAGAGCACAUCCAGGAAGGAAAAAGGCAAGGCCCCGUUACUGGCACCAGGAGCCAAGACAAUGGAGUCUGGGUCUUACCACUACAGUGGCGGCUCUGGAGUAAGGUUUGAUGAAGGGCCGAACAUUAUGCCUGACGAAGUCGGAUUUCGCGCAGAUUUCGACACCGGAAUCGACGAUGACCUGGCUCUUGCACUCAGAUUGAGCCUGGAGGAAGAGGAACGGCGGCUUAGACGAGCCAACAACGGUGUUGUUGGUGUCUUUUCGAACGUGGACGAAUACGUGCCGUUGAGUGAGAGGGGCGAAAGGGGAAAAGGGAAGGAAAAGAGCAUGUGA